CCGACGGGGCGGGCGGCGGAGGGCGCCACGUCGGCAGCGGAGGACGGAGCGGGAGUAAAGUCUCCGCCGGGCCGGGUCGCGCCGCGCUCGCCGCGACGCGCGGUGGAUGCAGAAAAUCUCCGGGGAAACAGCUGACCUGACACCUCUUUCGCAAAGGAAUAUAUUUUGGGACGUACCUUUAGUUGGGAGAGUGAAGAGGAGCCUCCCUUAGGAAACAGCAGUCGGGUGACUGUGGGCUCCCUUCCAAGGUGGGACAUAAGCACUUGGAUCUCAUCACACCAAGGAGACACUGAAUUGUAGGCAACAAUGAAUCAAACAGACAAGAGUCAUCAGGAAGUCUCAUCCUACCUCCAUGAUGAACCACCAGAAGGUUCAAUCAAAGACCACCCACAGCAGCAGCCCGGCAUGCUCUCUCGUGUGACUGGUGGUAUCUUCAGUGUGACAAAAGGAGCUGUGGGUGCCACGAUCGGGGGUGUUGCUUGGAUUGGAGGGAAGAGCUUGGAAAUCACAAAAACAGCAGUCACAUCAGUGCCUUCAAUGGGAGUGGGGCUGGUCAAAGGAAGUGUUUCUGCUGUGGCUGGAGGUGUUACAGCAGUAGGAUCUGCUGUUGCAAGCAAAGUGCCUUUAACAGGAAAGAAAAAAGACAAGUCUGACUAAAGCCAAAACUGAGAGAAGUAUUUGACUUUCUAGAAUAUUACCUUGGUGGCAUUAAAAUCUGCUAAGAUUUGGACCAUGAGAAGCCAUGUGUCUUAGACACUAUCUUCUGAAGAGAAAGCUGAUUUCAUCCGGAAAGGACAGAAGAAGCUUGGCUAGCACAGCAUAUGAAGAUUUGUUACGGCCUAGUUUCAAGCUUUGUAUCUGGUGAAAUGUUACACUUGAUAACUAUAGGAGCGAGUAUGUGUGUCUGAAGGGGUAAUGCAUAUUUGAAUAUUCACUUACUGUAAGUCUUCUGCAGUUUUGGACUGAAAUGUGAACGUAGAAACUUAAGUUGAUAAUCUGCCGUAUCAUCAGUUUGAUGAGGUGCCACUUACUGUCCUCAGUGGCUUCUGCAUCCUCCUGCUAAGGAUCCUUGAGCUGUGUAAUGGCACCAUGGGAUGUGCCUCAGUAGUUACAGGUAGGAAACAGUACUUGCAGACAGCCUGACAGUUUUCAAUGAUUCCACUCUGCCAUUGCAAACUGGAAGCAAACAGAUUGGAAAUGAGAGGGAGAUGGGAGGUGAGAAAGUUUGACAGUGUGGUACAAGGGAUAAUAAAAUCUAACUUAAUGCCUUAUUAGAAAAGAAUCUCUCUUUAUUAGGUGAAGCUUUGUAAAGAGCUGUUCUAUUGUUUCUGUGCAGUUCAUUGAACAAGCUUCAGAGACUCUGUGACUCCAGAUACCUGAAACUUGCUCAGUUUUUACUGAAUACAAGAUUGCUAAAUCUCAGGUGUAUUUAAUGAUAGGCAUCUGUCUCCUGCAAGUGGAAACUGCUUUGAUCAGCUUCUGAGAGACACCAGAAAAUAAUGAUGGCUUAAUGGAAGUGAGCAGGUGGUUGUAGUCAUCUAACACAGCUAUGUAACUUGAAAAAACUGCUUUGUAUAGCUGGAAACCACUGAAGAACCAGCAAAGCUCUUGUCUCGACUCCAUGAUGUGCCAGGUUAGCUUCUUGCUCUGUUCAAACAAAUGCAAUAAUUUUUUCACUACAUCUUUAUCUCAUACUUAGCAUUUUGAGUAAAAUGCAGUACUUUUAUUUAAACCAAAAAUGGCAUGUGAGCCCCUUUAUAAAAAAAAAAAAAAAAAAUCAGAGUAAGCUGUUUACUGACAAAUGCCAAACUCUGACACUCCUCAUAUGGGAACAUCUGUAGGUCCUCUGCAGUGUAUGAGGCAAAAUGCACUCCAAGGACGCAGCUUGAGGUUGCCUUAAAGUAGAAGCUGCUGGUGAUCUUUUUUUGUGUGUGUGCUGACUUUGCAAAUAAGAAGGCUGUGAACAUUGUAUAAGCAGUAUUUUCUAAAAAGUUGUGUUCCUUCCAAAAACUUCUAAGCUUAUAAGCUUACUUUUCAGGUAGCUGUGGUUGUUCAAGGAUAUAUAGAGACUUUUUAGGAAUUAAAGAAAAAAAAAAAAAACAAAAGUAUAUCACGUGUCUAAAACUUGCUCCUGUAUUCACGGAUGUUGAAAUUAAACUGUGCACAUGAUGGUACAGUGGUAACCCUGUCUUUCUGAGCCAGUGGUGCUUCAGCUGCAGUCUGGAACAGCUUGACUUGGCGAUCAGUAAUGAUUAUGUAUUACUAGGUUUACUGACUGGGGCAGUGGGGACAGCAAAACACAGCAGGUGGACCUCUCUGCUCCUUUUCUUAGUUGCACCAGUUGCUUAUCUCUAAACUGCUGGAAGUGUGUGUCAUGAGGUAAGGUCAAGCAAUAAAUGCAGUCCUUAACUAUUUUUAUAGUCAGAAGGUGAUGGAAUGCCGCGUAGUUUAAAGAUCCCAGAUAGCUGCAGGGAUGAGCACCUUGGACACCAGCAGCAAAUUAUUGAGCCUGGGGCAGUUUCCAGCGUACCCCAGGGCACUACCAGUGAGCACUGCACGCCAGCUGUUUAGAAGCAUAGCAAGACUUGUAACACUCAAUCCAAUCCUUCACUGUUUUCUGAAUACUCGAACAUUGAACUUGUCUUACUCCUUUUUUUAUGGCAUUCUUUAAUUUUUAUGCUAUGAAACUUGCUGCAGAACAAGCGUGUUAGGAGAGAUGCAAUGUUAGAACUGUAAAAGGUUGCCAGCGCUUUGGUAUGUUUUGUUCUUAGCAUGUCCUGUAGUUAUUACUUCUGAAUCUUGUAACUGAAAUGCUUUACCGUGGCAUAUGGUUUUAGUUUUUGAGAAGAACUUUUUCUUGUAUUCUGCAUAUUUUCCAUUCACUUAAGAAGGUCCCUUCUUAAGAACUUGUUCUGACUCUGUCCUGACACUUGUGAAACAUUAAAUCAUUGCUGUUUCAGACUUA